AUGUCGAAACUCAACUGCAAUAACAACAGGACGAGGAACGCGUGGUUAUUCAAAGCUCAACUCAACGAUGAAAACGACCCCUUGCUCCGAUCAGCCAUCCAUUCGGCUUCUCUUCGUUUCCAGGAGACCCACAAACGAGAGCCUCUGUUUGCUGAUCCGUAUGCAGGGUGCUUUGUUCCACCUCACACUCGGAUGGAUUUGGAGAAUCCUUUGAAACAUUACUGCAUUGCAACCAAGUUCAUCGAUGAUAAGCUGCUUCGUACAGCGAACCACAUGGACGGCCUUAAACAGGUUGUGAUCUUAUCGGAUGGGAUGGAUACUCGGCCAUAUAGGCUUAACUGGCCGAGCUCCACCAUCAUAUUUGAUAUUUCUCCUGACAGAGUCUUCCAAAAAGCAGCUCAAAAGCUAAAAGGUGUUGGGGCUAAGGUCCCAAGAAACUGUUUGUACCUUCAUGUUCCACUGGAAUCUACCGAUAUUCAACAGGCAUUGCGCGCCACGGGCUUUAACGGAAAUCGACCGAGCAUCUGGGCUAUCCAGGGACUUCCUGUGAUGACUUUGGCAAGGUUUGAGGAGAUUUUGUCCACAGUCAGUGGUAUGGCUAUGAAAGGAAGUGUCUUUCUAGGGGAGUUGCCUGCAUGGUUGGCCGAGACCGAGUUCGGUUCGAAGUCUAGUACAGGGGAAUGGAUGGGCAAUCUUUUUAUGAGCAAUGGUUUCAAGGUAGAGAUGGUUAGGUACAAUGAUGUGGCUAAAAGUUUAGGUAAGGCAGUGAAACCGGGAGAGCACAAGAACAUACUGUUCGUCUCGGAACAAUUGCGGUUUUCUAAUGCUCAGAUGGAAACUAGGAGGGCAGAGAUGCAGGAGGAAGGUUUUGAGGAGCAUUGA